CGCAGUUUUAGACGAUUUUUCUAAUGUGUGUUUCAUUUUUCUAUUGAUGAUCUCAGAUCUUUAGACAAAAUUUUUCAGAAGAAAAGAUAAACGCAACAGGUACAUGCUGAAGUAGUUUAUUAAACAAUGACGCUGGACGGAGAUAGGGGGCCUCUCUGUCAGUGUACUAAGUUUACUGACGCCAAUUUAGCAUUUAGAAGUACAGUUAAACAUGUCAGAAAUUGUUUUUGGAAAAAAGAACCCGAGAAAAAUUAUGUAAAGUCACAAGCCACUGAUUUGGAUGGGAGAAAACAGGAAAAUGGGAGAGAAGAAGAUAAAGGAGGAGAAAUGGACGAGGUGCCAGCUGGAGAAUGGUGGCCUGGCUUCAGCUGCUCCUCACCCUUGUAUUCUGUGUCCCUGAUGCCUUAGGGGCCAACGGAGCUAUUGAAGCUCAUACUGGGGAGACUGUCACGCUGCGCUGCGAUGGAAGAACACUUAAGGACACAGAGAAGCUUCAGUGGAUGUUAGAUGGGCAACUUGUCUCUUCAUAUGAAAAUGGAACCUUUCGUGAAACUGAACAUCAUAUCAACCGAACCCGGCUUAGAUCCAUCCAGCAGAACAACUUCUCUUUAGAUAUUAUUAAUGUUACAGACAAGGAUGCUGGGGAUUACACAUGUCGCAUCAGUGAAGAACCAGAAGACAUACAAAGCAUUCGCCUUAUUGUUAACGAUAUAAAGAACCACACGCAGCAAAGGGCAGCAGGGACCCAACAAGGAGAUAUAAAGAACCACACGCAGCAAAGGGCAGCAGAGACCCAACAAGGAGAUAUAAAGAACCACACGCAGCAAAGGGCAGCAGAGACCCAACAAGGAGAUAUAAAGAACCACACGCAGCAAAGGGCAGCAGAGACCCAACAAGGAGGAGUGUCUGCAGGAGGAAGCCGGGUGGACACUGUCAGGAACGUGGUGCCUGCGGUUUUGCCGCCUGCGGUUGUGGUGCCUCUGCUUGUGGUGCCUCUGCUUGUGGUGUUUGUGGUUUUAAUCUUUAUAUGUUGGAAGAGGCAAACUGCCAAAAGGCAGGGUUAUUCACCACCGUGUACUGAACUUGCCUCAAUAACUGAACCACCGCCUGCCUGAAUCCCACCUCUGCUCUGUGUGCUGAGGACACUGACAUGCUCACUACAGUCACCAUGUUGGUGCCAAAAUAUGUCUUUCCAAAAACAAAAUGGAUGUUCUCUUAUUCUUGUAUAGAAAGCUGUUUUGCUUUAAGUUGGAUUAUGGGAAUAUUGUUUACGUUCAGCCAAGUUCUUAGACACUCUUCCUCAACACGGGGUCGUUAAGGGUUUUGGGGGCUUUCUAAACAUUUCCUAUCCAGAAUUUGGAGGCCAGUGGACACUCAGUAGAGAUCAGACACCCAAAACUAGGGCUGGGUGAUAUCAUAUCGAUAUAAUAUCGCGCAUGUGCAAUACUCAGCAGGGCUUCAGAUGACUGAUGAAGCAUUUGGCCGGACAUCAGUGUUAUACAGAUUUUUAUUUAUGCCCAUAAUUCAUUAAGCGAUAUUGCAAUAUCAAUAUAUCACCCAGUGCUACCUAAAGCUAUCUAUGCAAUAAGGAAUAGAAAAUCCCGACUUACCUCUGCUGUACUGGAUGUCAGAGAGAAAGGGUUCCAUUCCAAAUUCCAGUUUGCACAGACUGACAGCUGCGUCUCUACUGAAAUAAAUAAAAACUUGAAUAGCGGUAUUUCUUAUACCAGAAGACAGCUCAAAAGCUUGAAAUUGUGUGAUGAUAUACAGCUCUGGAAAAAAGAGACCACUACACAUUAAAAAAAA